UGUCAACCAUUAGAAGUAUCAGAUGUUUUUAGAACAUGCGAAUUUGUUAGCUUCCUUGAAUCAACUAAGUUCCAGUACUUCUGGUGUGUUCCCGCCAUUGCAUGCAACCACAGUCUGUUCCAUGAUCAAAUAAAUAACCCGCCACGAAAAUUAGUUCUUCAUGUAAAUAUUAUUUUGAUAGAUUUAGUUAAUCAUCUAGUUUAGGGUUCAUGGGAAAUCGCGGAAGAAGAGCAGCAGCGGCCAUGAUGAUGUUAUGGCUUGCUAUGUUUGAAGGUUUGUUUGUUAAUGUGGCAAAUGCUCAUUUAAAUUAUAAUGAGGCUUUGACAAAAUCACUUAUAUUCUUGGAGGCACAAAGAUCAGGGAAACUCCCUCCGAAUAAUAGGGUUCCUUGGAGAGGUGAUUCUGCUCUUGAUGAUGGUAAAGAAGCCAAUGUUGAUCUGGUGGGAGGAUACUAUGAUGCAGGGGACAAUGUUAAAUAUGGUCUGCCUAUGGCAUUCACAAUUACAACAUUGUCAUGGGCUGCUAUAUUUUACCAGAAAGAACUUCAAACUGCACGAGAACUCGAAAAUGCCCAAGCUGCUAUCCGCUGGGGGACUGAUUAUUUUUUGAAAGCCAGUGUUACCCCAGACACAUUAUAUGUCCAGGUAGGAGAUCCCGACAAAGAUCAUCAGUGUUGGGUGAGGCCAGAAAACAUGAAAACACCAAGAACAGUACUGAAGAUUGAUGCAGCUACUCCUGGAACUGAGAUUGCAGCCGAAACUGCUGCAGCGAUGGCUGCUGCUUCCAUGGUCUUUAGAGGCGUUGAUGAUCCUUAUGCUAAUCGUCUCUCUGCCAAGGCGGAAGAUUUAUUCAGAUUUGCCAGAGACCACAGGGGGUCUUUUGAUGGAGAAUGCCCAUUCUACUGCUCAUACUCAGGCUCCAAUGAUGAAUUAUUAUGGGCUGCAACAUGGCUAUUCAAGGCAACUAAAAACCAGAUCUACUUCAAGUACAUAACAGAGGAGGCCAUUGCUGCUACUGUUGCCGAGUUCAAUUGGGACCUUAAGUAUUCGGGUUGUCAAAUCCUCCUUGCUGAAUUAUUUUGGCAAGGACAGAAAGAGUUUGAAAGCUACAAAGAACACGCAGAUGGCUAUAUAUGCUCCAAUCAUCCAGACAGUCCUUACCACCAGACUUUCAUAACUCCAGGCGGUAUGGUUCACCUCAGAGACGGUGCCAAUGGUCAAUAUGUUACCGGUACUGCUUUACUCUUCAGUGUCUACGCUGAUCUCCUAGCUCAACACAAUCAAUGUGUCAAAUGCGGUGACAAAGAAAUCACUAGUGCUCAAAUAUCUGAUUUUGCUAAGAAACAGAUGGAUUAUCUUCUAGGGGAAAAUCCGCAGAAAAGAUCAUACAUGGUGGGAUUUGGUGUGAAUCCACCAACACAACCUCAUCACAGAGGAGCCUCAGUUCCGCCCCUGCCACCGAACCAAGAGGUGAACUGUGGCAUGAGCUUUAAUGACUGGUUCAAUCCAAACAAACCAAAUGUAAAUGAGUUAACAGGAGCCAUUGUGGGAGGGCCGGAUAAAAAUGACUCAUUCCAGGAUCUCCGGUCUGCUUCCUCCUACACUGAGCCUGUAACUUAUUGUAAUUCGCUGGCCGUAGGUCCCCUGGCCAAGCUAGCCGCUCAUGCUCAAAUGUGAAGCACACUCUAAUAGAGCUAGUGUUCAAUGGUGUGUUAAUCAUGAUCAAGGCCCGUGUCAAGAAGCAACAAGAACAUAAUGAUUAGCAUGCAUAUUUUGCUGUUAGGCUGAGAACUGUAUCAUAAGUGUGUAUCAUGAGUUAUUGUAAUUGGUACUUUGUUUACAUGUUAAGUUCAGAGUAAUCUUCUUAGUCAACUCUAUCGCCCCUGGCUUAAAACACAUGAAAACUCUGUAUCAGAGAGCUUCAUCUUUAACCAUGCACCGAUUUACAUUGUAUCUAUUCAGUAGGUCGGUAACCAAUCAACCUAUAACCAAUGAUUGCGCCUUGUAAAC